AUGCGUACCAUCAACGACUUCAUAUGGUCCGUGGUCCUCCAGCAAAACGAUCCCUCCGACCGAAAGCCAGUAGAUUCUGUCCACACUUACAUUGUGGAGUUCGAUGGAGCCGCAGGGAUCGAAUGGGGCAAUAACAUUAAUGUUAGUUCGUUAUAUCUAAAGGGGGUAGAAGGGGACGUGAAAACGCAAUUCACGGGCCUUAUGUACCAUGAGAUGACCCAUGUUUUUCAAUGGGAUGGUGAGGGUACUGCGCCUUCAGGGUUGAUAGAAGGGAUAGCAGAUUAUACAAUAUUGAAAGUGUACGACAAUCCAUACGGUUUUGCAAAUCCAGGAGAUGGGGAUAGUUGGGACCAAGGGUACACUGUCACAGCCCGGUUUCUCGAGUUCUGUGAUGGGAUCGUCCCGGCGUUCGUAGCAAAACUUAAUAAGAAGAUGAGGUUUACUUAUGAUGUUAAGUAUUUUGAAAACUUGACUGGAAAAUCCGUUGAUCAACUAUGGAAGGAGUAUAAGGCCAAAUAUGGACAUUAA